CGCUUGGCACCCGAUGAAGCGAAGGCAGUCUCCCCACGGGAGCACGACGGCAAGGAGGUACAACCAGUGGAUGCUAACGGCGCCGUGCUCUACGGGCAGGACAGCCAGCUAAUGGGGACCUACUGCAAGACAAACCUGUACAUGACGGACAUGAGAUGGGCGGUCCCAGGGCCCGGGUUCGUCACGUUCACCCUCCCGCCCCCAUUGGGCACCGUCACUCUCACGAUCUGCAUGGAUCCCAACCCCGUCCCGUCCGCCGAGUGGAAUCUCGACUCGGGUCCUUACGAGCUCACCGCCCACUGCAUCUCCACGAAGACCGACCUCCUUGUCCUCCUGAACGUGUGGGUGGACUCGGGCGACGAGGAAGGCAGCGACGAAGACUGGGGCACCAUGAACGACUGGGCCACAUGGCUGCGGCCGCUGUGGGACAAGCCCCUGCUUGACGGGCACGGCAGUCAUAGCCAGGACACGCACGGGGAACUGGGAGAGGAGAUCGUCGUAGUUAAGUGUGAUCGCUUUGGCGAGGAGAACGGUGCGUGUUUUUGUAUCAUGUCGCUCUGCUGGAAGUAG